AUGUCGACUGAUGAGAUCGUUUGGCAGGUUAUAAAUCAAAGUUUUUGUUCCCACAGAAUCAAGUCCCCAAGUGGUCAAACUUUUUGCAGAGAUCCAUACAAUGUUACUGGUCUGUGUACUAGACAAUCCUGUCCUCUAGCAAAUUCAAAGUAUGCCACGGUGAGAAGUGACAAAGGUAGAAUAUAUUUGUACAUGAAGACCCCAGAAAGAGCACAUACACCAGCGAAGCUAUGGGAGAGAAUUAAACUAUCGAAAAACUAUUCGAAGGCUCUAAAACAGAUUGAUGAUCAGCUUUUACAUUGGAAUAAUUUCUUCCGUCAUAAAUGUAAACAAAGGUUUACCAAAUUGACACAGGUGGCCAUUACGGAAAGACGUCUAGCUCUGAGAGAAGAGGAGAGACACUAUGUCGGUGUUGCUCCAAAGGUCAAGAGAAGAGAAGAGAAUAGAGAAAGAAAGGCUUUAGCUGCGGCUAAGAUCGAAAAGGCCAUCGAAAAGGAAUUGUUAGAUAGAUUGAAGAGUGGUGCUUACGGUGAUAAACCAUUAAAUGUGGAUGAAAAGAUUUGGAAGAAAGUCCUGGGUAAAUUGGAUGAUGAAAAUGAAGUUGAAGAAGAGGAAGACUGGGAAGAGGAGGAAGAAAGUGACGAAGGUGAAGUCGAGUACGUUGCUGAUGAUGGUGACAACGAGUAUGUUAACGUUGAAGAUCUAGAAAAAUGGUUAGCUGAUUCCGACAGAGAUGAUUACUCAUCAGAUGAAGAAAGUGACAGUGAUAGUGAUAGCAGUGACAGCGAUGAAGAAGAUGCCGAAAACUCCAAGAAACGUAAGAGAUCUAAGACUGCAAAGGGUAAGCGUCCUAAGGUUGAGAUUGAAUUUGAAGAAGAACGUGAGUUACCACCAUCACUACAAGAAACUGCUAAUUAA